ACUUCAUAAUAGGUUGUUUUUUGACUACUUUACCCCACAAAAUUUGAUUUCCCCCAAAUUUGAUCGUCAUCCCCUCAAUCCAGCCCUAACUCUCUCUCUCUCUAUCUCGCACGCCUCUCUGCGAUCGACCUCGGAGGAGUGGCCGCCAUUACCGGCCUCGAAAAUUACCUCUGUUACAUACAUCACUCCAUUUCUUACCCAAAUCAUACACAUCUUUUCAGAAUUAAAAAAUCUCUAUCGACUCACAGCAUUAGCAUCUGCUCUGUUAAUUUUGGUUGUUGUUUCCUCACACAUGGAUGUCUUGAAUUUCAGCAGCUCACCACGGCACAACUUAGACCGAGAUUUGUGUGUCUGAAAGUGAAGUAACGUCGAUCCUGUUCUCACAGUCGACAAGAAUCCUGAAUCCGCCCUGCUAAAUGCCGACUUCAUGGGACUUUACUGUGGGUGUAUCAUUUAGCUGUUACCCAAGCAAUUUCUAAAGCAUUUUUUCCAAUAUUAACACAUAAGAUGAGAUCCCCUUCGCAUAAUUCCGCACGGCUGUGCAUGUUACUCGAAGACAUUAUGCUCAUUUACCACACUGAAACGUACUUCAUCAUUCAUCGAUAUGCGAGCGCACGGACUCGAAGAGCGAAACGUGUAAUUUUAGAGCAUGCAAGACGGUAUAGCGUGCUUAAUAAAAUACCUGCACAAUUGGAACACCUAUCCCGACUAGUCGAUGUAACCGACGCAGAUUGUCUUGCUAAUCUACGUAUGGAUCGUAAUACAUUUGGGAGAUUAUGUCGAGUUCUAGUUGAAAGAGGAGGGUUGCGGACUGGUCAAUGCCUCGGAGUGGAAGAACAAGUGGCUAUAUUCGUCGGAGUACUUGCACAUCAUACCAAGAAUCGGGUGGUGCGUUUUAACUUCCAGAGGUCAGGUGCAACAGUGUCUUAUUAUGUUAACAAGGUGCUUGGAGCAGUACUUAACCUACAUCCGGUUCUUCUGCGGAAACCGACACCUGUGUCAGAUCAGUGUGACGACUACCGUUGGAAAUGGUUCAAAGGCUGUUUAGGGGCAUUAGAUGGUACACACAUCAACGUCUUGGUGAGUAAUUCUGACAAACCACGUUACAGGACACGGAAAGGGCAAAUAGCGACUAACACACUAGCUGUAUGCGAUCGUAACAUGCAAUUUGUAUACAUCUUGCCCGGGUGGGAGGGGUCAGCGGGUGACUCACGUGUGCUACGGGAUGCUGUGUCUCGGCCGACCGGAUUAAAGGUUCCUCAAGGUUGUUACUACUUGUGCGAUAACGGUUAUGCCAAUAGUAAUGGAUUUUUAACACCUUACAAAGGGGUUAGGUACCACCUACGGGAGUGGGGCCCAGGUACAGCGUGUCCACAAAACCCUCGAGAACUCUUUAAUAUGCGCCACACGAGAGCUAGGAAUAUUAUUGAGCGAGCGUUUGCAGUGUUAAAAAUGCGAUGGGGUAUCCUACGAAGUGCAUCCUUUUACCCAAUAAAAACACAGAUACGCCUUAUAAUGGCUUGCUUCUUACUACAUAACUUCAUCCGACGGGAGAUGGAAGUGGAUCCUGUAGAAGUUGAGCUCGACGGUGAGAAUGGGCAACCUUUAGUAGACGAAGAAUUCAUAGGACAUGAUUACGUAGACUUCGUCGAGCCUUCAGCUGAAUGGACACAAUCACGUGAUGACAUAGCCCUCAACAUGUGGAACAACAGAUAGACCUGUGUAGUCUUGUUGUGAAUUUCCAUUUUCAUGUUUUUGUAGAAAUUGGUUAGCUAACUAUGUACUGCCACUUGAUAUUACUUGGAAACUAUCAUCCUAGUUUAUUUUGAUAGUGUGUGUGGCUGUCAUUACUAUUGUUCAACUUGUAAAUGCACUUUGCUCAACUUGGCCAUAUGGUGUUGAUUAAUAUGAUGUGAAGUAUUGCAGUUGCAUUUA